AUGGCGUCUCACAUGCGCAGGCGGAGCUCGCGCAUAGGCUUCAGCACCCCUCUCCAGCCAGACGAACAGCGACCGAGCCCCUUCAUCGGCGGAGUCUCGCGCUCGCCUCGCCAGCAGCAGGGGCGGGUCCUGGGUCCGGCGCCAACUGCGGGACAGACGACGGGAGUGGGAUUGGGGCUCGCUACGCAUGACGAGAAGAGUCGGUCGGCGAGGAGGGACCGCAGUCGGAGUCGGGAACGGACCAGGACGGCGGCGGGAGGAGGACCGACGGCGCAGGAAGCGCUCCGUCGCUUUGCGGCGCUCUUGUUCCGCCUCUUGCGGACGCCCAAGGGCUUCACCCUCUUCUGCACCGUCUCGCUCUUGUGGUUCACGACGUCAUACGUCAACAAGCACUCGGAGCGGCUCUCUCGUCGACCUGUCCACCCUCGCCUCCUCCCUCUCAUCCGACACAGCGGCAACCUCGCGCAGUACGUCUCGCCGCGCUUGGGGAACCGUCUCAAGGACUGGCACGAGUGGCAGGUGCAGAACGACCCCAACCGGCCGCUCACGCCGGAGGAACUCGCCGUCCAGACUCGGCAUACGUUCCACCCGAACGGGCUCUUGCUCGUCAACCCAAAGGGACGGCACCCGAUCCCGGUGUUGAUCGAGCAGGCGGAGAAGAAGUGGAAGGACAAGGUCGCGAGGCAGAGUCGGACGUUGUCCGAGGCCGUCAAGGAGUACAAGCAGCGGUACAGGCGCAACCCGCCCAAGGGGUUCGACGACUGGUGGAGGUUCUGUGAGGAGCACAACGUGCAGCUUCGCGACGAGUACGACCAGAUCAACCACGACCUGGCGCCGCACUGGGCUCUGGAAGCGCACGACUCUCGCCACCGCAACCGCGUGAUGCAAGAGCGCGACCACACCUUCACUAUCGCGAUGCACCCCGGCGAGCCGCACCCGACCAUCCACGGUCCCUAUGCGCACAUCAAGCGCGCAGCCGACAUUGCCGACAUGCUUUCGCUCUUCACCGGCAGGAUGCACCGACCGCUCAACAUCACGUACAUCAUAGACGACAAUCCGGCGGUCAUGCUGCCGUAUGCGCAGCGCGAGCGGAUGGUUGAGCUGGGUCAGCAGGGAGAGUACUACGGCCCGUCCGAGUUCAUCGAAGGCGACGACCCGAACGUCUCGAACUUCGCUCGCGCCUGUCCUCCCAACUCUCCCCUCCGCCGCUCCGAGCGGGGCGAAUUCACGACCGACUACUCCGGCGACGUCCAACGCUCCUUCAUCUGGCGCCACCAGAAAGCGAUGGAUAUGUGCCUUCACCCCGAGUCGCGCAAGUUGCACGGUCACACGAUGCAGCAGGGUGUCCCGUUGGGCCCGCUCGUCCCGCUCUUUGCGUUCGCCAAGACGCCGCUCCAUUCGGAUAUCCUUACCGUGCCGAUCGAGCAAUGGGAGGCGCAUUAUGUUGGGUACGAGCCGCCUUGGGAGGGGAAGAGCAUGAACAAGCUUCUCUGGCGAGGCUCGACAACCGGAGUCGAAUUCAACCGCCACACGCCCUGGCGCAAAUCGCAGCGCGCCCGGCUGCACAUCAUGUCGCACGACCGGGAGGGUACCAAGUCCGUGAUCUGGUCUCAGCGCGGCCAGCUCCGCGAGUCCCACUUUUCACUCGCGACGAUCAACGACCUCUACAUGGACACGAGCUUCUCCGGCGCGCUGCAGCAGUGCGAUCCGGAGACGUGCGACUUGCUCGAGCGCACGAUGGACCUCAAGCCUACGAUCGGUCUCGACGAAUCCAACACCUACAAGUACCUCAUCGAUGUCGACGGGAACGGCUGGUCCGGUCGUUUCCAUCGCCUCAUGUCGACUCGCUCGGUCGUGCUCAAGUCGACGGCGUUCCCCGAGUGGUACCAGGACCGCAUACAGGAGUGGGUGCACUACGUCCCGAUCAAGGUCGACUACUCGGACGUGUACGACACGAUGGCCUUCUUUGUCGGCACGCCCGACGGCCAAGGCGGUCACGACUCGAUGGCGGAGAAGAUUGGCGAGGCGGGCAGGCAGUGGGCGAGGGACUUUUGGCGGUAUGCGGACAUGGCCGCCUACAUGUACCGCCUCUCGCUCGAGUACGUCCGUAUACUCCACCACGACGAAGGCGACGUAGACUACAUCGAGAUGCCCUCCUUUGACUUCUAG